CUCAUCAACCAAACCUGCUUGGCACGCUCUUAUACUACGUUGCCGCCGUGCGGAAAUUUUUUUUUUUUCUUUCCCUUCGAGAAGGGAAGCAGAAGGGGAGAAGAAGAAGAGGACGAGGCACGCACACGCCGCGCUAUCGUUCUCUAUUGGCUCGGGCGGAUUCAUCUUUCUCGUCUUCCUAAACGAUCCCCUUUCUCGCUACGAGGACGAUCCACCUGGCGAACACGGCGUCCCCGUACAUAUUUGAUCCUCUUUCUCUGGUCAACAAUAGCUAUUUGUUGAACACUGGGCCAGAUCCCAGCGCCGUCUCACGAACCCCGUCACGCGCGUCAACGUGCACACCCCCGCGAACCCGACAUCGUUCCCAAGAACUUGCAGGCCCGCGGCUGGCUGCAUGUGAACACGACUGUUCCUACCUCUCCCUCUUCCCCUCUCCAAAAGGGAAAGCUAUCAUGUCCGACGAUGGGUUACAGAUCCGACGGCCCAUUCCCAGGCGCCCGUUCGAGAUAGGCGUGUUGAGUGCCACGCCCCCAUACGAUGACUACUCCCCGCCCCCGAGCCCUCCCCGGCCCUUCCAGUACCACGACGAGCAAGAGGAAGAUGGGGAAGAUAAUGAUGAAAGACGCGCGAGCCAGAACAACCGCCUUGACCCGAGGGCCUUCAACGCGCCUCUCGACUCGCAGAGCCGCGCUGCGUCCUACAGGUUCCUGACGAGCUCGACGCUCUCAGGC